CCCAAAUCCUGUUGUGCACAUAGCUUAUACAUUUAGAUCCUCGUUUACCAGAUCACACUGCACUUUCAGAAGCAGAUAUAUUUUACUAUGAUUUCUGGGACUUUGUUCAUGUUGGUUCUGCUGUGUGGAGUAGAAGCUGGUCAUGCUGGCAAGGUUUUGGUGUUGCCAGGCGAGUACAGUCACUGGCACAACAUGCAUGCGAUCAUUGACGCGCUGAUUGAUCGCAACCACAGUGUGACGGUUCUGGUCAGUUCUUCAUCACCUACUGUACCGCACACACGGAAGGAGCGGUUCGAUUUCAAUGUGUUUAAAGUUAACAUGGAGAAAGAAGAGGCCAAUGCUGUGUGGAGUGACUUCAUUCACCUCUGGAUGAAUGACACAGCCACCAAAUACGAGACCGUGUUCAACAUCUGGCGAGUGAUGUCAAACUUCAUGCUGCUGGCUACUGACAUAUGCAAGGGCAUGUUUCACAAUGAGGAUCUUUUACACACGCUUCUGGAAUCUCAUUAUGAUGUACUUUUUUCUGAUCCAAUGAUGCCAUGCACUGACUUGAUGGCACAGAAGCUGAAUAUCCCGCACGUCCUGUCGCUACGCGCAACAUUUGCGUAUACUUUCGAGCGGCUUUGCGGUCAGAUGCCUGCGCCACCGUCCUACGUCCCUGCAGCCGCUUUGCAAGAUCACCUCACAGAUCAUAUGAGCUUCACAGAGAGAGUUGAAAACAUGCUCCUCUACAUCAUAAAUACAUCUAUAUUUCGAUUGAACAUGAAGUUCACUUAUGACUGGCUUUACACUGAAAUAUCGGGCGAGUACAGUCACUGGCACAACAUGCGUGCGAUCAUUGACGCGCUGGUCGAUCGCAACCACAGUGUGACGGUUCUGGUCAGUUCUUCAUCACCUACUGUACAGCACACACGGAAGGAGCGGUUCGAUUUCAACGUGUUUAAAGUCAACACGAAGAAAGAAGAGGCCAAUGCUGUGUGGAGUGACUUCAUUCACCUCUGGAUGAAUGACACAGCCACCAAAUACGAGACGGUGCUCAACAUCUGGCGAGUGAUGUCAAACUUCAUGCUGCUGUUUACUGACAUAUGCAAGGGCAUGUUUCACAAUGAGGAUCUUUUACACACGCUUCGAGAAUCUCAUUAUGAUGUACUUUUUUCUGAUCCAAUGAUGCCAUGCACUGACUUGAUGGUACAGAAGCUGAAUAUCCCGCACGUCCUGUCGCUGCGCGCAACAUUUGCGUAUACUUUCGAGCGGCUUUGCGGUCAGAUGCCUGCGCCACCGUCCUACGUCCCUGCGGUCGCUUUGCAAGAUCACCUCACAGAUCAUAUGAGCUUCACAGAGAGAGUUGAAAAUAUGCUCCUCUACAUAAUGCAUAUGACUAUAUUCCGACUGAACAUGAAGUUCACUUUUGAUCCGCUUUACACUGAAAUAUGGGGCAAACCCACAACAAUGUGUGAGACCAUGGGAAAAGCCGACAUCUGGUUGAUUAGAACUUACUGGGAUUUCGAGUAUCCACGUCCACUCCUGCCUAAUUUUAAAUUUGUUGGAGGACUACACUGCAAACCAGCCAAGCCUCUGUCAAAGGACCUGGAGGAGUUUGUGCAGAGCUCUGGAGAUCAUGGCAUCGUCGUCUUCUCACUGGGUUCCAUGAUCGGCAACCUGACAUUGGAAAGAGCAAACACUAUUGCUUCUGCUCUUGGUCAAAUCCCACAAAAGGUUGUUUGGCGUUAUAAUGGGAAAACGCCAGAAACUCUCGCCCCCAAUACAAAACUCUAUGACUGGAUUCCACAGAAUGAUUUGCUUGGUCAUCCAAAAACAAAGGCCUUCAUAACCCACGGUGGGACGAAUGGACUGUAUGAGGCUAUUUAUCAUGGUGUCCCAAUGGUGGGCUUGCCACUGUUUGCUGACCAGCCUGAUAAUUUAAUGCACAUGAAAACCAAAGGAGCUGCUGUUUUUCUUGAUGUCAACUCAAUGCAGUCCAAAGACCUGGUGGAUGCUCUCAAGACUGUCAUAAAUAAUCCAUCGUACAAGGAGAGCAUCAUGAGAUUGUCCAGAAUCCACCAUGAUCAGCCGAUGAAGCCUCUGGACCGGGCAGUUUACUGGAUCGAAUUUGUGAUGCGGCAUAAAGGAGCUAAACAUCUACGAGUUCAGGCACAUGAUCUGAGCUGGUAUCAGUACCACUGCCUGGAUGUAGUGGCCUUCUUGCUCUCAAUCAUUGCACUGAUCACAUUCCUCUUCAUUAAAACCUGCUGUUGCCUUUUCCGUAAAUGUUUCAGAAACACUCGUCCUGAUGACAAAGCACAAAAGAGUAAAAAAGAGUGAAUGUAAAGUAGUUUACCAUAGAAGCAUUGCCAUCAUUUGACUGUGGUAUGUGUAUUGUCGUGUGUGUAUGAUGGCCAGUGUGCAUUUUGUGUACAUUCCUAACUUUGUUCUUAAUGAAAUACAUGUGAAUGUUCAAGUAAAAUAAAUUAAAAGUGCCUCAGGUUAAAAA